GACUCUUCUAGUGAGGAUGAAAACCAGAAAAUUGGGUACAUUGGGCCAGUAACAAUAAAAAGAAAAGUGAGGAGAAAGGUACAUGGUUGUUCAACUAGGGAGGGGGUAAAAUCAAAUGGAGUGCAGGCAUGGCUUUUCUGAACAUGGAGGAGUUUAAGAGUGCUGUGAGAUUGUAUGGAUUGGAAGAGAGGAGAGCUGUGAGGUUCACCUGCAAUGAACCACAUAGGUGUCAUGUCAAGUGUGAGGAUGGGUGUCCUUUCAGGAUUUGGGCAAGGAAGCAGAAAGACAGUGAUGUUGUUGAGAUAAAAACACUAGUCAAUGAGCAUCAGUGCACAAAACCAUACAAAAAUAGGCUUGCAAGUGUGAGAUAUUUGACUGAGAUAUAUGGUGACAGGAUUAGAAAAAAUCCACAGUGGAGAGUGAAGGAAAUGAUUGAAACCAUAGGGAAUGAAAUGGAAAUUGAAGUGCCUUGGAUUAAAAUCAUGAGACUGAGAAAAGCUGCACUAGAUGGUGUUGAGGACCAACUGAAGCUGCAUUACUCUAGAGUUAGAGAUUUUGGUUAUGAAGUGCUGAAGAACAAUCCACACAACACUGUCAAGAUAAUAGGUACAAGGCUGAAUGAAGGUGAUGUCAACAGAUUUAAAAGAAUCUACAUUUGUUAUGGGGCAUUGAAGAGUGGGUGGAAGGCUGGGUGCAGACCAAUUCUAGGACUAGAUGGAUGUUUUCUGAAAACUGUUUGUGGGGGUCAAUUGUUAAGUGCAGUUGGUAGAGAUGGGAAUAAUUGCAUGUACCCAGUUUGCAUUGCUGUGGUGGAGAGUGAAAACACUGACUCCUGGAGGUGGUUUAUAAAAUUGAUGUUGGAUGACUUGGACCUAGGGGAUGGCAAUGGAUUGACUCUGAUUAGUGAUCAACAAAAGGGACUUGAAAAUGCUGUCAAGGAGUUAUUGCCCAGAUCUGAACAUAGAUUUUGUACAAGACAUAUAUAUAGCAAUCUGAGGAAAAAAUUUCCAUCAAGUAUUAUUAAAAGAGCUUUUUGGAAUGCUGCUUGUGCAACACACCCCUCUGCACAUAAGAACUUCAUGAAGCAGAUUGAAAAUAAUUCAAAGCUUGCAUUUGCACACUUAAAUAGAUUUGAUGUCAAAUCUUGGUCAAAAGCAUUUAUAUCUUCACUUCCAAAGGCUGAUAAUAUUGAGAAUAAUAUGUCAGAGUGCUUUAAUGCUUGGAUAAUGCCUGAAAGGUACAUGCCACUUCUUGACAUGCUUCAAGAAAUUCACUUCAAGUUACUUAAAAGGGUCACUGAGAAGAGAGAUGAAAUGAUGACCAAAGAGUUGCAGCUUUGUCCCAAAAUUAAGAAAAUUCUUGAUGAAAGGAUCACACAGUCAAGGAAGUGGAGAGCUGUUUGGGAUGGUGCUACAAGGUAUCAAGUCAAAUACAACACCAGAUUUGUAACAGUUGACUUGGAGCAAAGAUCUUGUGACUGCAGAGUUUUUGAUUUAUCUGGGAUUCCAUGUGCCCAUGCCCUAGCUGCUAUAUUUGACAGAAGGCACAAGCCAAUUGACUAUGUCUCAGAUUACUUCAAAAGGGACAAGUACUUGAACAGCUAUGCAUUCCCUCUUCAAGCACUUAAGGGGAUUGAUUUUUGGGAUUAUCAUGAAGAGGUUGAAGUCUUGCUCCCACCUGAGAAUCCUAAGAAGCUAAGGGGAAGGCCAAAAAGACCGAGAAGGAGGGAAGAAUGGGAGGGUGGCACUCAAGGAAAGAAAGACAGCACAGUUGAGCAAGUUCAAAGGUGGAGUGGGAAGAGGGUACAUCACUGCAGCAAUUGUAGAAAAACAGGACAUAGAAGGCCUAGUUGCCCUCAACUCACCACUGAAAGCCAGGGUGCUCCAACUCCUCAAGGUCAUGGUCAAAAUCCUCCUGCAAAUCAAACUAGUAAUGAGGGCCAAGGUUGCAGUACUGAAACUCAUGUCUUCAAAAGAACAAGAUUGGGUUUGGGAAGGCCUAAGUUGCCUAUUAGAAGAAACAUUAGUUCACAGGCUUCCAUCUGCAAUCAAGUUCCAGAUGCAGGAAAGUUCCAGACCAAGCAAGAUUCCCAAGCACAGCCUUCAACAAACACUAGAGUUGAAGAUGAUUUCUCAACUUCAGAAGAAGAAGUACUGGAAGAGCCUAGGAGGAGCAGCAGGAUAAGGAAGGUUCUGUGGAGGAAAGCUUGUCAAAACCCUGCAAACUCUACUCCAGAUGAUCCAAUCAAUUUAGCAGAUUAA